UUUCCACGUUCAGAACAUCAACAGCAUAAAUAGAGAAUUUUAUCAAUUCCAAUAUUCUCUCGCUGUGGAACGUGAUCUAACGCACUUCCUGUGUGGAAUAUAAAUUUAUAAAAAUCCAAGAUGAUCAACCAUCGGUGACAACCACCAAAUGGACUGAAGAAAAAAUUCCCUGGUCUGCGAAUUAUGGGCAGAGUGAACUCCAAGCCUCUGUAGCUGGUGAACCCCAACGCUGUGGAGUGACAUGGUGAACAGCGAAAGGGUCUCUUUCUUUCGUCGAUCCUGGAUCAUAAAUAAUGUUUCAGUGGCUGUCUCUCUCCGGUGGCCUUUUAUGUCGAUGCGACGAAUAUGAUACGGCGACACUGGUGCCGCCCUAUAAAUUUAGUGCGCGCAAGUAAUGAAUGACGUUAACAAUCAUGCUUCGGGAGAUAUACACAAAGGCUGCAGGAAGGAUUUCAUUUGGCUAUUCACAGAUGUAUAACCGUCAGCUUGUCUGGUAAUUCAUGCAGGCGUCUGGUACAAGUGAGGACUCUUUCUUGGACUUCGGGGUGGGAGAGAACGAGGUUGAGGGCUAACGAAACCGACCCCAAUUUCAAUGGCAGCCAUCAGCCGUCCUUCCGCAUUCCCCACUGGUUCCCCUCAACCAAUGCCAACAAACUGUCAAUCCGAGUCUCAUCCUCACUUGUUCUCAAGACGUCUCACGUACGGAGGACGAUGAAAGAACGACUUGGGGAUGAGUGGAUUUGCAGCGUCCAGUUAAAACAGGGGCUGGAGGCAUUCCUGGCCCUCCAACACAAAGUGAUAAUAAAAACAGUGGAACAUCCAAGUGUUACAAAGGAACACUAAUUUUUGGUGAUGGCCUAAAGCAACUCCCAAAAGCAAAAGAAGAAAAUCGUACGGAGCGGGUACAUCUCGGCACUCGGUCUUACUACAUAGGUACCAGCACUACGUUCCAUGUACUCCAGCGCAGGGUCGUACGGAGGGAGAGAAUGCACCAAAGAGGGAGAAAAAGCUUUUCGUUCCGGAGGAGAGUCCAGGUGGCGCCAUUGGCUCGGUGGCAAAAUCGAUACUUAUCGUCUGGUGCGAGCAGUCGAGUCGCUUGCAGUACGCGUCUCGUGUGCAUGAGGUAAACACGUUUUUGUCUUUUAUAAAAGUCCUCGAGUCACCCCCACCAACGAGUUGCUGACCAAAUGGCCAUUAGAAUGGAAUGAUAAUUAUUGUGAGAGCUGACAACCGGACAACUGCUCUCGCUGUCGAUCAUGUACGGAUUUGUGAAUUAUGCCCUGGAGCUCUUGGUUGUGAAGACGUUCAACAACGAGACAUGGGAGGCAAUAAAGAAAGAUGCCGCUGUCAAUAUGGAGGGACAGUUCCUUGUCCGGCAGAUCUAUGACGAUGAAAUCACCUAUAACAUCAUCUCCGCGGCCGAGAAAUUGCUCAAAAUUCCAGCAAAUCAAAUUCUCGAGCUCUUUGGCCGCAUGUUCUUCGAGUUCUGCCAGGACUCAGGGUAUGAUAAAAUCCUCCAGGUCCUGGGUGCGACUCCUCGCGAUUUCCUCCAGAAUUUGGAUGCUCUCCAUGACCACUUGGGCACCCUCUACCCCGGGAUGAGAGCACCCUCGUUCCGUUGCACAGAGAGACCCGAGGACGGGGCCCUCGUCCUGCACUACUACUCAGAUCGCCCGGGCCUGGAGCACAUUGUCAUUGGAAUAGUCAAAACUGUAGCCAAGAAAUUACACGGAACGGACGUUGACAUGCAAAUACUCAAGACCAAGGAUGAGUGCGAUCACGUCCAAUUUUUGAUAACGGAUACCUCAGCUCCUGGGGUCACCACCAAACCCAUCACAGCUGAGUUGGAGACGUUAUCAGUUGAACCAAAGGUCAGCCCUGCGACGUUCUGUCGAGUAUUUCCCUUUCACCUAAUGUUUAACCGUGACCUAACGAUAGUGCAAACAGGCUGCACAAUAACCCGAGUUAUUCCUCAAGUGACAACUGGGAGCUGUAAACUCAGUGAUAUCCUGUUGACAGUCAGACCGCACUUGGAACUCACAUUUGAAAAUAUUCUAUCGCACAUUAAUACUGUUUACGUGCUUAAAACAAAAAAGGGAGUGAUGAAGGUGGAGGCGUCCGAGGAAUUCUCAAAUUUACGAUUGAAGGGCCAAAUGCUGUAUAUACCAGAAUCUGACUUAGUAAUCUUCCUGUGUUACCCAAGCGUAAUGAACCUCGACGAUCUCACAAGACGCGGUCUCUAUCUGAGUGAUGUGCCACUUCAUGAUGCUACCCGGGAUCUAGUUUUAAUGUCUGAACAAUUUGAAGCUGAUUACAAACUCACGAGAAAUCUUGAAUUACUCACUGAUAAACUGCAGCAGACUUACCGGGAAUUGGACGGGGAGAAGCAAAAAACUGACAGAUUGCUGUACUCAGUACUACCAAUAUCAGUGGCAAGUGAGCUGCGACACUCAAGACCCGUGCCAGCUAAAAAAUACGAUUGUGUAACACUUCUGUUCUCGGGUAUCGUUGGCUUUGGUGCAUAUUGCGCUGCUAAUACAGACUCUAGUGGCGCCAUGAAAAUCGUCAAUAUGCUCAAUCAGCUUUACAUAGCUUUCGAUGUUCUCACGGAUCCUAAGAAAAAUCCCAACGUUUACAAGGUGGAGACUGUCGGUGACAAGUAUAUGGCAGUCAGUGGAUUGCCUGAGCCCUGCAGGAGUCAUGCUAGAUGCAUAGCGCGACUAGCUCUCGAUAUGAUGGAUCUUGCUACUGAUGCAGUGCAAAUAGACGGUGAACCAGUGAAAAUCACCAUCGGCAUUCACAGUGGUGAAGUUGUUACGGGGGUUAUUGGACAUCGUAUGCCACGCUAUUGCCUCUUUGGUAACACGGUCAAUCUCACGAGUAGGACUGAAACAACCGGGGAGCCGGGGAAAAUCAAUGUUUCGGAGGAUGCAUACAGGUACCUCUGCAUGCCCGAGAAUCAGGACCCGCAGUUCCUCCUGGAGUACCGCGGGCCCGUUACAAUGAAGGGAAAGAGCGAACCGAUGAACGUCUGGUUCCUAUCACGAGAGAGGGAAUUACCGUCGUAAAAAUAAUAAGGAUUAAGUGUUUUAAUAAAUGACAGCAUUCUCAUACGACUCACGAUCCUAUUAUCCUCUCUCAUACUUUCUGUCUUCUCCUACGACCCGUUAACUUGUGCGAUUAAAACUUUCACAAUAGCAAUAAGCGAUGAUGAGAUCUGCGUAAGGAUAAGAGAAAAGAUAUAAAUAUCAUCACUAACUCUGUAAUGGAACACAAUAAAAGUAACAUCUGACGUACAAA